AUUGGAGUGGAAAGCAACUUGAAAUUUGGUACAGAUUUCCCUGUUUGUCAUCAUCGGAAUUACGCCAAAGUCGCAGCCGCUGCUGCUCCCAAUAUCCGUCACUCGGAAAAGGGUGUAUCCGACGGGCAUGUGACUUCAACUUGAUUGUUCUAUAUCUAACACUCGGGAUCCUCUCAACAUGCAUCUUUUUACUCUUUUCCUGCUUGUUAGAGAACAAUGCAGUAUUUAGAGGUGCAUUUGGAUAAAUUGCUUUUGUCGAAGCCUUGUUCUUUGGCUUUGGCCAAAGAUUCACCAUUGAGAAUGGACGAACCAGAAUAUGCGGGAUUUAAACUUCUUUUUCUCAGGAUGAUGUUGUUUUAUAGUAAACAAAGCAAGCAUAUUCGAGCUGCAAAUGUGAUAUACCGACGAAUUGUUUCGCAAGUUGAUAAACCUGCCAUAUAUGAUGUGUUCAAUUUGGAGAAAACAUUUAAAACAACAUUUUCGCUGCUUGUCCUUCACAUGUGGCUUUGCCUGCGGCGCCUGAAAGAAGAAGGAAAGGAAGGUGUUGAGCGCGGGCAAUACGUGUAUGAACUUUACAAUCACGAUGUGGAGCUAAGAGUGUCUAAAGCUGGGGUCAAUUUGCUUUUGACUCGUUGGAUGAAAGAUUUAGAAAAAAUCUUUUAUGGAAAUAUUGUUGCUUAUGAUUCUGCCAUGCUUCCAGAAGCUGGAAAAGAUGAGCUGCCCAACGUAAUAUGGAAGAAUAUAUAUUCUGAUGAUGGAUCACCAAUGCCAAACGGUGCUGCUGCAUUACGAGAUGUGCAGGCAAUGGCUAGGUAUACUCGUCGUGAAGUUAGUUGCUUGUCCUUGACAGACAAAGAAGCAAUUUUGUCUGGGAACUUCAUGUUCACUUCAUUGGAGACUGGGAAGCCAAGCUCAAAUGAUGGAAGGUGAUAAUGCUGAAUGGUAAUGAUUGAGUUCUACCUUACAAAGGUCAAGAAAGAAGACAUUCAUUCUAUUAGUAACUUAAUAAUAUCAAUUGAAUUUUUAGAGAAGGUUUUACUUCUUAUACCCUCUUACUGAAUCCAAAUUAUUCAUAGAGUUCAGUGACAAUGAGGUUGUCUUACUGAUUU